AUGCGAACGUUUGCUGGAUCAGAAUUCUGGACAUUUGAAAUAUCCCUCUGUGUCCUCCUAUGUCAUUUUCGUAUCCUCCUAUGCCCUCCUGUGUCCUCCUAUGCCCCUUCACGUGUCCUCCUAUGUCCUUUCGUAUCCUCCUAUACCCUUUCUGUGUCCUCCGCGUUGUCCUCACGUGUCCCCAUGUGCCCCUCCUAUGCCCUCCAGUUCCCUCUGUGUCUCGUGUGUCCUAUGUCCUCCUGUGUCCUCUAUAUGUCCCCAUGUCUCCGUGUCCCCACUGUGUCCUCCUAUGCCCUCCCUGUGUCCUCGCCGAUGUCCCCCCAUGUGUCCUCACGUGUCCUCCUAUGCCCUCCUGUGUCCUCGCGUGUCCCCAUGUGUCCUCACGUCCUCCGUUCCUCCUAUGCCCUCCUGUGUCCUCGCGUGUCCCCAUGUGUCCUCACGUGUCUCCUAUGCCCUCCUGUCCUCGCGCUGUCCCCAUGUGUCCUCACGGUGUCCUCCUAUGCCCUCCUGUGUCCUCGCGUGUCCCCAUGUGUCCUGCGCGUGUCCUCCUCCUACGUGUCCCUACCUGUUGUCCUCGCCGUGUCCCCAUGUGUCCUCACGUGUCCUCCUAUGCCCCCUGCUGUCCUCGCGUGCUCCUCGCUGUGCCCUCCUGUGUCCUCGCGUAUGUCCCCAUGUGUCCCCUGUGUGUCCCCAGGCCCCUCCUGUGUCCUCGCGUGUCCCCAUGUGUCCCUUGUGUCCCAGCGCCCUCCUGUUGUCUCGCGUGCUCCCCCCAUGUGUCCCCUUGUGUCCCCGGCGCCCUAA